AUGGGCCGCACAAGGAGCCGGCCUCCGCGCCAUGUCCGGGAGGCUGCCAAGACCACGGGCUCAGACGUUACAGGCGGGAGCACCGCCGGAGAAAAUCAACUUGCGCCGGCUGAGCUGGAAGUGAAGCUUUCCCAGCAGCAACUUGCUCGAAAGUGGGAGCUACAGUGGCGGUCAACGGCCGCGCAUGGAGCCCCACACAGCUAUGGCAAAAGCUGUGGCGGCUGGGUGAGGAAGAAAGAUGCCAAGCGUGGCAUCGUCUACAGGUGGCGAUGGAGCACCGUCUUGCCGCCAGGCCAAGGAGGCACGCCAUCACCUGCAGGGCAGCUCCACCGUCACCGCUUCCGCCAGAUGUCUUCAGACACGGGACUUGGAGCCAGCCCCGCUUUCACUGGGAGGUUGAACGAGGCUGAGAGUGUUGCGCGAUUGCCAGUCCAGCCGCAAGAUCCAGACGGCGAAGCUUUGGAUGGCGUCCAGAUAGGGAAGUUCCGCUUGCCACAGGUGGCCGUGAUUGUGAUUUUCAUCGUGUCGGGCCUGUGUUUGGAUUCCAUCUCCGAGUGUCUGCAGUACAAGGCCCUGACUUUGUCCGUGGUGCUUGUCCUUGGCAUCACCCCAUUGCUGGCCUAUCCCAUUUUGCACUACGGGCAAGGCCAUGUCGAGGAGAGCCUCCUGGAGGGCCUAGCCGUCUUCUGCGUGGUGCCCACCACAUUGUCUUCCGGGGUGACCAUGGUGACCCAAGCCAAGGGCAACGUGUCCCUGGCCGUGCUGCUCACCACCAUCACCAACCUUCUAGGCGUGGCCACGAUGCCAUGGUCUGUGUCGAAAAUCUUUGCUGCCAAAGUGCCCAUCAAGCCAGCUGAGAUGUUGUUCGAACUGAUCUGGUUGACACUAGUGCCCCUCAUUGUGGGCAUGGGGCUUCGUGAGGUGGUGCCAGCAGCAAAGUCUUUCGCAAAGACGAACAAGAAGGUACUUGGCCUCUGCCAAAACAGUUGCAUUCUGCUGGUGGUCUUGUUGAUGACAUCCAGCGCCCAACCGAAAAUAGUCACCACUGAUUCCUUCGACCUCUCCUGUGCCCUUGCCAUUGCAGCUGGCAUCCACUUGGUCUAUCGCGUGCUAGGCUACUUCUCGGCCACCGCAGCAAAGCUCGAGCCUCGUGAGUGGGUGACGGUGGUGCUCAUGUCCAGUCAGAAGUCGCUACCAGUCUGCGUCUCCGUGAUGUCUGCGCUGCCUGCCACCCUCCGCGCCAACUCUGGGCUGAUGAUCGUUCCCUGCAUCAUGGCACACGCCUCGCAGCUGAUCAUCGACUCCAUCCUCGCAGUCCGCUGGGAGGUCAAGGAUGAAAAGCAGGCUGCACUCCUUCCCUCCUGA